UUAAAAAAAGAAAAGAAAAGAAAGAAACCGCAAACAGAGUGGAGCCACGCAUGGGCCCGAGACACAGGCCUCUGUAAAAGGCUGGUAAUUCACAGAACGCAUGAGACAUUAACAUCAGGCUGUGGGAUUGAUACGUUUUCUGGUUCCCCUGAAUACCGUGGAUGGGGGAUUAUCGUGUAAAUACGCGCGUCUAAGGCAAACUCUCCAUUGCGCGCGCUCUCUGAUUGCACCGUGUGACCCUUCAUGAGAGGUGGACGGUGCUGCUGGGAAAGCUGCUGGUCAUUUUUACUCCGGCUGCUGCCUGAGACUGAAGCUCCUCAAUAACCAUGAGCCGUCCGCCGAGUCCGACUCCAGCACGAUGGUUUAAGGCGCUGCGCAGGACCAGGCUGGGGGACCCCUGUCUGAAGACGUAUCCGCUGGAAAGCGUGGAUCUCCUGAAGAGGGCUAGAGUCGCCUUUCAAGCUGGACGUACCCUCAAAGAGAACUUCAGAUUGGCUCAGCUGGAGGCUGUGGUGCAGAUGCUGGAGGAACACGAGUGUGACUUUGUGGAUGCACUUGGAAGGGACUUCCGCAAGCCUCGGUUUGAAACAGUUGUGUCUGAACUGAUCCUGGUCAAGAAUGAGGCUGUAUAUGCUAUUAACAACUUAAAGAAGUGGAUGCAGCCACAGAAAGUGGAAAGGAACCUGUCCACCACGCUGGACGACUGUCUGGUGAUCAGUGAACCGCUGGGAGUGGUGCUUAUCAUUGGGACCUGGUGUAGUCCUGUACAAAUGUGCCUUGUGCCACUGGUCGGGGCCAUUGCAGCAGGAAACUGUGCAAUCAUCAGCCCCUCUGAGUGUACUGUGCACACAACAGAGCUUCUCCAUCGUCUAAUUCCCUUCUACUUGGAUAAUGAAUGCUUCCAUGUGAUUCUUGCAGGCAUGAGUGACUUGCCUGAAGUGAUUGAGCUCAAAUUUGAUCACGUUUUCUUCACAGGAAACAAAGAGGAUGGAAGCAAAAUUGCUCUGGCUGCCGCCCGCACACUCACACCCGUCACCUUGAUUCUGGGAGGGAAGAACCCGUGUUACGUGGACCAGCACUGUGACAUUUCCACCACUGUGCAGCGCAUUGCUUGGGCACGUUUUCAUAAUGCUGGACAGAGUUUGGUGGCUCCUGACUACAUUUUAUGCCACACAGAUGUCAAAGCUCGGCUGGUGCAGGCCCUCAAGUGCUGCCUGAUGGAGUUUUAUGGCUCUAAUCCCCAAGAGUCACGUAGCUUUGGCCGGAUAGUCAAUCUAGAGAUCUUUAACCGUACUAGAGAUAUAUUAUGGAGAUCUGGCAAGGUGGCUGUGGGUGGGCAUGUGAUAGAAGCAGAGAAAUAUAUUGCCCCAACAGUUCUGACAGAUGUGGCUGAAUCAGACCUCGUCAUGCAAAAGGAGAUCUUUGGUCCAGUUCUUCCUAUUUUGACUGUAAACAAUGUGGAUGAGGCUAUUGGCUUUAUCAAUAAGCAAGAAAAGCCCCUCUGUGUGUAUGCAUAUUCCACCAACGGCAAGGUCAUUUCAAGACUCAUGAGUGAGACCUGCAGUGGAAGCUUUUGCUCUAAUGAUUGCAUCCUGCAGAGUGUGAUGGUGGCUCUACCUUUUGGUGGAGUAGGUGCCAGUGGAAUGGGUUCUUUCCAUGGCCGCUACAGCUUUGACACCUUUUCUCACAAGAAAUCCUGUCUGCUACGAAGCGCACGGUUUGAAUGUGUGACCUACCUGCGCUAUCCACCCUUCGAGGAGCGCAAUCUGUCUCUAAUGACAUGGGCCAGCAGCCUUUCCCAGAAAAGCCAGGGCUGGUGCCAGAUUAUGUGACUGUGUGGGAGGGUAAUGACAGCCACACUGGAAUUAAACAAACUGCCACUUUUGUUAUGAGCAGGCCAUGGAAGACAUAAGCGCAUUAUUAUAGAAUCAACAAGAAUGGAUUUCUAUGGAGAAAAUUGUUAACUGUAUAUUAACUUGUCUAAAUGUAUGUUUGAAACUUAUAAAAAAUGUAUAGGACACAAAUAUUUUGGAUGUACACUGUUUAUUCUGAUUUUACAUUAAAUGUGGGGAAAAAAUGCAUUAACAUAAAAAAAUCUAUGUAUUGUAUUUACAGUUUGAAUAAAGUAUAUGCAUCUCAAAA